AUGUUGAAGCGAUUACUGAUUAUAUAUACCUUGUCGAGAACUCCAAUCCACAGAAUGACUAAUCAAUUCAUCCAGGAACAAUAUGAAGCCGCAGGUCAGGCUCACCUUUUCAAGCACCUGAACACUCUAUCGGCUAGCGACAAAGCCACAUUCUUCGAAAACUUGACUGCUGUUGCCCAAAGAGAAUCCCCCUCUGAAUUGCUCGAGGACUGUCAAACUGCAAUCAAACUUCAUGAGGACAAUACUGACAAGAAAAGCACGCUUGAACCACUCCCUUCAACAUCGUACUCUUCAGUGAUCGGUAACCCUCAAUUGGAGGAAGAAUACUACAAUCUGGGCCACAAAGCCAUCUCUGCAGGUGAAGUUGCGAUAAUUUUGAUGGCAGGUGGUCAAGGUACACGGUUAGGGUCAAGUCAACCUAAAGGUUGCUUUGACAUUAAUUUACCAUCCCACAAAUCCCUUUUCCAGAUUCAAGCUGAAAAAAUCAUCACUUUGCAACGGCUGUGUAAUGACUGUACCAUUCCUUGGUACAUCAUGACAUCAGCCCCCACCAGGGCAGCCACCGAAUUGUUCUUCAGAGAUCACAAGUACUUUAACUUGAAGAAAGACCAGAUCGUAUUUUUCAACCAGGGGACUUUGCCGGCCUUCGAUGAAGAGGGGAAAAAAUUACUGCUUGCAAAUCCAACGUCUUUGGUUGAAUCCCCAGAUGGUAACGGUGGACUAUAUCGUGCAAUUAGAGAUAAUGGCAUCUUCCUAAGUAUUUUGAGUCAAGGGGCAUUAAGCAUAUCUUACAUGUACUGUGUCGACAAUGUUUUAUCCAAGUUAGCCGACCCAGUUUUCAUUGGAUUUGCCAUAAAGCAUGAUUUUCAGUUGGCGACAAAGGCUGUUCGGAAGAGGGAUGCACAUGAAUCAGUCGGUUUGAUAGCUACAAAGGAUGGUCGUCCUUGUGUAAUUGAGUAUUCCGAGAUUUCAAAUGAGUUGGCUGAGGCAACCGAUGAAGAUGGGCUGUUGCUUCUGCGUGCUGGUAAUAUUGUAAACCAUUAUUAUUCGGUCGAGUUGCUGAAGGAAAAACUGUCGCAGUGGUGUGACAGUAUGCCAUAUCACAUUGCCAAAAAGAAAAUACAAUAUUUUGAUAACACAAGCAAUACUGUGGUUAAACCAGAAGAACCUAACGGUAUUAAAUUAGAGCAGUUCAUUUUUGAUGUGUUUCCUACCAGCUCUUUGGAGAGGUUCGGGUGUUUGGAGGUUGAUAGGACUAAAGAAUUUUCCCCGUUAAAGAAUGGCUUGAAUUCAAAAAAUGACAAUUCUGAAACGAGUCGACAAGCAUACUUGACUUUAGGUACUUCUUGGUUGAAACAAGCUGGAGCUAUUGUACGUAAUAAUGCAUUGGUCGAGGUGUCAAACACACUGAGCUAUUCUGGUGAAAACUUGACCAAGUUUAAAGGUACCGUAUUUGAUAAAGACGGACUUUACUUGGAAUAA